UGAAUACUCAGCCAUGCUGCACUUCACCAGGGGUUUGGAUUCUGCCCUUGGUCAUACAAAGGGCUCUUCUCUCAGGAAUCUGUUAUGAAUGUUAUACUUCUAUCAAACAACAGUCUCUUUGGAUACAUUGCGCAACAGUAGUUUGUAAAGAAGGAGUUUGUUUUGUCAUAUAUGGGUCCUUGUUUGGACUAAAGCGAUCAGGGAAACCAACGGAUAUCUCACCCACAACAGACUAACAUGCCUCCAAAGAAAAAGACCCUGAGGGACGUAGAUGGUCAUGAGGAGCGGAAUGCUCAGGUCCAGUUGGAGAAGGCCAAGUACAAGCCUGUGGCAUUUGCUGUGCGGUGUAACUUCUAUUACAUACCAGCAGACGACGACAACAUCCCAGUACCAGGCCAGGCUGUCACCUUCGAGGCCAGAGACUUUCUACACGUCAAAGAGAAGUUUAAUAGUGACUGGUGGCUUGGGCGUCCGGUGAAAGAGGAUGGAGUGGUGGGGUUCAUACCCAGUCCAACCAACCUGGAGACCAUCCUGAUCAGGAGGGAUGUCCAGGCCAGGAAAGCUGCCAAAGCUCUGGCCAGUAAAGCAGCAGUUUCUCAAGACACAAAUAAAAAGUACACCCCGCCUUCAACUGUUGCUCAAGCUCAAAAGAAGUCGGGGGAGCAGGUGGCAGCCUAUGACGUGGUUCCUACCAUGCGGCCUGUGGUGCUGAUGGGGCCCUCACUGAAGGGCUUAGAGGUAACAGACAUGAUGCAGAAAGCACUCUUCGACUUUUUAAAACACAGAUUUGAAGGGAGAAUUACUAUAACUCGUGUGACUGCAGACAUCGCUCUAGCGAAGCGGUCCAUACUCAACAACCCCAACAAGAAAGCCCUGAUGGACCGCUCAAACACACGCUCUAACCUAGAUACUGCUGCCCAAAUCCAGGGGGAGGUGGAGCGGAUCUUUGAGCUAGCCCGGAGCCUACAACUGGUGGUUCUGGAUGCAGACACAGUGAACCACCCCAUCCAGCUGUCUAAAACAUCUCUGGCCCCCAUCCUGGUCUACAUCAAGGUCUCCUCCCCCAAGGUGUUAUCAAGGCUGAUCAAGACCAGGGGUAAGUCUCAGACCAAGCAUCUCAAUGUCCAGAUGGUGGCUGCAGACAAGCUGGCCCAGUGCCCAACGGAGAUGUAUGACGUAAUCUUGGAUGAGAACCAGCUGAGUGAUGCCUGUGAGCACAUAGCAGACUACCUAGAGGCCUACUGGAGGGCCACCCACCCCCCAGAAACAGAACCUGUUAACCCCUUAGUGGAGAAGCUGGCAGAGAACACUCUGGCUAUCAGCCCUGCUCCAAAGGAUGGAGAGGGAAUUAAUAACCCAUCUGCGAUGAAGAGGAAGGGUUCCCAUGACCACCAGGCUGACGAGCACACCCAGACAGCAGAGAGGAGAAAGAAACACCUCUCAGACCAUCACACACCCAUGACCACCCUACAAACCAACCUCCUAACCACCCUAACCACCACAACUGCAGGACAGAGCACCACACCCAGCCUCAGUAGAAAGAGAAUAUCUCCAGCCUGGACAAAGAUCACUGCCAGUUGAAGAGGAGCGGGAUUAGGAGCACUACAGCCCCAAGACAGUCUCACAGAGACCAUAACCACCAUCACCAUCACCAUCACCACACCCCCCCACCACCCAAACCUCCUCAGAGCCAACCACCAUCACCACACCAACCCCCCCACCACCACCACCCAAACCACCUCAGAACUAACCACCAUCACCACACAACGCCCCCACCACCACCCAAACCACCUCAGAACCAACCACCAUCACCACACCAACCCCAGACCCCCCCCCCUAUAAAUAUGGAAGGCACAGGGAUUACUAUGUCCACCAGUCGUGUUUGUGUUUCAUGUGUCUGGGUACAGUAGCUUAUGUUGCUCCUGCUCCUGCUCCUGCUCCUGUUGCUAUGCACUAACAGCAAGACAGAAACCUCUCAGUACACAAUAUCACCCUGGUAUUACCAAAAACCUAAUCAUCUCCCUGAUGCUAAACCAGGGGUGGGCAAACAUUUUGGCUCGAGGGCCACAUCACGAUUUAGAAAUUCAAUGGAGGGCAGCACAGAUUUAUUUUUUUACCGAUUUGUUCAUCAAAAUGAAUUUGUGGGCCAGAAAAAAUGCAGUUAUUUGAAAAUAUAUAGGUCCAUUAUAAUUUCUACAUAGUUUCAAUCUAGUUUUUGACAUUCAAGUGUAGUCUGGAUUGUUUUUCUAUAUGUUUAUUUUUAGCUCCCUUUUUCAUGAUUACGAUCUUGUCUCAUCGCUGCAACCCCCCAAUGUGCUCAGGAGAGGCGAAGGUCGAGUCAUGCGUCCUCCAAAACACGCUUCUUAACACCCGCUUGCUUAACCCGGAAGCCAGCUGCACCAAUGUGACGGAGGAAACACUGUUCAACUGAUGACAGAAGUAAGCCUGCAGGUGACCAGCCCACCACAGAGAGUCACUUGAGCGCAAUGAGCCCCAGGCUGAAGUGACACAGCAACACUGUGAUGCAUUGCCUUAGAUCUCUGCACCACUCUGGAGGUCCUGGACUGGUUUUCUAUUCCAAAAUAAUAAUUUCACACAAACCCUAGCUGGCUGCAUUUAAUCUGCCGGCAGGCCAGACGUGGAGCGAGGGCCAUAGUUUGCCCGCCCCAGCCCUAAACCGUAACCCUAACCUUAACCCUACUGAAAUUGUUCAUAUAGAACUGAUCUUGUUCAUGAUUUAAUUGAUAUGAUUAUCUCUUUAAUUAUAAAGGAACAAUGCUAUUUCAUACCCCCUCCAUUCUGAAAAGGCACUGAACAUAACUUUACCAUUAAAAUAUUUAAAAUAUAGUCUUCUUCAUACCUUUAUAAUGAAGAGUUGUAGCAUUCUGACUUGGUAAUUAGCUUUGACUACUGGAUCAGUUCUAGAGCUUUGACUACUGGAUCAGUUCUAGAGCUUUGACUACUGAAUCAGUUCCAGAGCUUUGACUACUGGAUCAAUUCUAGAGCUUUGUCAUACAAUAUAGUUUGAAUACACUUUCUAUGCAUUUGCAAACAUUUAAUUAAUGCCCUUGCAGAUGUGAUGAGAAGAGAGUAGGCCUGUUCCAACAUUAAAUAUGUGUUUAUUUUAUUAUCAAUUUCCUAGCCAGCAGCAUACCACCCUGCAUCUCACUGCUGGUGAGCCUCUGAGUCUAAGCAGAGUUGAUCCUGGUCAGUCCCUGGAGGGAAGACCAGAUGUUGCCUGAAGUGGUGUUGGAGAGCCAGUAGGAGGUACUCUUUCCUCUGUUUAAAAAAUAAUAAAAAAAAUCAAAUUCCCCAGGGCAGUGAUGUUGUCCUGUGUAGGGUGCUGUUUUUCAGAUGGGAUGUUAAACAUGUUUCCUUACUCUCUGUGGUACCCAAAGAUCCCAUAGCACUUAUAGUAAGAGUAGGGGUGUUAACCCUGGUGUCUGCUCUCAUACCAUCAUGGCCACCUAAACAUCUCCAGCUUACAAUUGGCUCAUUUGUCCCUCUCUUCUCCCCUGUAACUAUUCCCCAGGUUGGUGCUGUAAAUGAUCAUGUGUUCUUAGUCAACUUACCUAAUAAAAAUAAAAUGCUUAUUUACCAACCUGAAUGUGUGAUUAUUGCUUUAACAUUGAAAUCGCACUACAGCAUGGAUCAUCAGCGCUACAGAUCUAGCCCGAAGUCUAACCCGAACUCUGACCCUGACUCUGACCCUGAUGAACUCAAAUCAGUUCUAUAUCUUCUUGCCUAGUGUAAUGCAAUCAAUUGAAAUACAUUGUUGCUCAGAUCGACUACCU